AUGAAUUCACUUGCUUCAAUUCUUUAUUCAUCAUCAUCAGCUAAUACAAAAAAACGUAAAAAUCUAUCUUUACAACCUAAUUUAAAAUCAAUAUCAACAAAACAAUCACGAUGUCAAGUUGGUAUGUUGUUACGUUCAUCAACACCUAAAACGCCUUUACAACCAAGAAAAAAGACAACCAUAACAGCUCAUCCGAUAACAUUGUCAAAUUCUUCAUCUUCAAUAUUAUCAUCAACUAAUUCAACACAAAGUCCUCGUUGUUCAACACCAUUGUUUGCUAAACAACGACGUACACGUCCAUUUAUUGUUUGUGAACUUUGUCGACAACAUGCAUUUCAAACAAUAAAUUAUCAACGAAAUAAAAUUCAACAUAAUCAAAUAAAAACAUCUAAUGAUAAUCAACAAAAUUCUCAUCAUCAUUCAGCUACAUUACAUUAUUAUCAAUAUCAAACUAAUACGAGUAGUAUUCAUUCUCAACGACGUUCAUCAAUUGAUCAACUUCUUGUUUGGAUAAUCUAA